GCUCUAAAUGUGAAAUCCUACAUUCAAGCACCUUUUUUUCCCAAUUUUCCUCCUUCAGAUUGCUCUUCAAAGAGGCAUCACACAACGCCUGGGCAGCGCUGAGGUUCAGCCCUAAAUGUGAAAUCCUACAUUCAAGCACAUUUUUUUUACCAAUUUUCCUCCUUUUCACGGCAGAUUGCUCUUCAAAGAGGCAUCACAGACCUCCUGGGCCACGUUGGGGUUCAGCUCUAAAUGUGAAAUCCUACAUUCAAGCACCUUUUUUUUCCCCAAUUUUCCUCCUUUUCACUGCAGAUUGCUCUUCAAGGAGGCAUCACAGACCUCCUGGGCCACGUUGGGGUUCAGCUCCAAAUGUGAAAUCCUCCUUCUGAGCCCAUUUUUACCCAUCUUCCCCUCUUUUUCCGCAGAUCCAGGAGCCGGGAUCCACCGCCAUGUCCACCAAGGCUCCCAUCUACCUGAAGCGUGGCAGCAGGAAGGGCAAGAAGGAGAAGCUCCGCGACAUCCUUUCGUCCGACAUGAAGCCCCCGCUGGGGGAUUUCCGCCACACCAUCCACAUCGGCAGCGGGGGCGAAAGCGACAUGUUUGGGGACAUCUCCUUCCUCCAGGGGAAAUUCCACCUCCUCCCCAGGACCGAGAGCGGCUUCCAUUCCGACAAGGACGGCCCCGAGGCGGCUCCCUUUGAGUUCUCCAGGACGGCCACCAUCUCCGGCCGUCAGCAGGCGACCGAAACCUCCUCCCCCCUCCUCAAGAACGCCAUUUCCUUGCCCGUCAUCGGGGGGCCGCAAGCUUUGACCCUUCCUUCCGCCCGCCCCCCGAAACCCCCACGGCUUCACCUGGAUGACAAAAGCGGCGCCGCCGCCGCCGUCGCCGCCCCGCAUCCCUGCGGCCCACAGAACGGAUUUUCGGAGGAGAAGAGCGGCCCUGAGCCCUUCCUCUCGCACGCCGGCUCCCUCCUCUCCCUCCACGUGGAUUUGGGGCCGUCCAUCCUGGAGGACGUGCUGCAGGUGAUGGAGAAGCACCAAGGGGAGAAGGAUUCGGGCCGGCAGGAGGUGUUGACAUGAAGGCGAGCGGAGGACCCCUGGUGCGAACGGGACGGGAGCAUUGCAGCCCUCCAGAAAACCCCCGGGAAGGGGAAGGGAAUAAAAGCCCCCCGAGGAGCCCCGAGGUUCCUACAGGGACGGAUUGAGCUGAGCCGGAGGAGACGAAGCGCCGGUGGAAAAUGGAUGGGGGCGAAGUGCAGACUGGAUUCCCAAAGGAAGGCGGCGUUGUUUUGGGGGGGAUUUCGGUGCUGGUUGGGAUCUGCGCCCCGCCGGGAGGGAGAGCGCGGCCCUAAAAGCUUCGGGUUGCAAGAGGUAAA